AUGGAGACGCUGAGAUCCCUGCUCCGCCGUGCGGGCAGCAAGCGGCCCGGCCGACGCUCCUACACCAUCUACCGGAACGUGGAGGGGCCGGGCGGGGAGGGGGCCGGGGGCCUGGAGCUGAAGAUGGGAGGGGAGGAGCAGACGCUGGCCGGGGACAUGGCCGCCCUGGUGACCCCCGGCCCGCGGGACCGGACCAAGGCCCUGACCUAUGUGGUGCUCAGCGCCCUGCUCAUCUUCACCGUGGCGUUCCUGCUGGGCUACGUGGCCCUGCGGGGCAGCUGCCCAUCGUGCGCGGGGCUACGGGGCGACCUGCUGGCCGUGGUGAGCGACGAGGGGGUGGCUGAGGAGUUGCCGGGCCCGGGGCCCCCCCAGUUGCCGGGCCCGGGGCCCCCCCUCUACUGGGGCGACCUGAAGGAAAUGUUCCAGAAAUACCUGCGGGAGGAGAGCAUCGAGAGCACCCUCCGGUGGGUGAGCGAGGGCCCCCACCGCCCCGGCUCGCCCCGCAUGGACGCCCUGACCCACAGGGUGCUGGAGAGUUUCACGUCCUACGGGCUGGACCGGGCCUGGACCGACACCCACUACGUGGGGCUGCAGCGUCCGGACAGGCUGAACCCCAACUUCCUGCAUCAGCUGGACCUGCAAGGGGGGGUCCUGGAGAAACUGCUCCUGGAGGACCCCGAGAUAUACUGCCCCUACAGCGCCCCCGGCAACGCCACGGGGGGGCUGGUCUACGCCAACUACGGGCGCCAGGAGGAUUUCAACAUCCUGGGACAGCAGGGAGUGAACCCCCGGGGCCACCUCGUCAUCGUCAGGGUGGGAGAGAUCAGCUACGCGGAGAAGGUGGCGAACGCAGAUGCUGCCCAGGCCCGGGGGGUGCUGAUCUACCCUGACCCCUGGGACAUCCCCCAGGAUCCGCGGAAAGCGGGGCUGUCCCAGAACCGGGCGGUUUAUGGACACGUUCACAUGGGGACCGGCGACCCCUACACCCCCGGCUUCCCUUCCUUCAACCACACCCAGUUCCCCCCAAUCCAGUCCUCAGGGCUGCCCCGCAUCCCGGUCCACCCCAUCAGCGCCAGCACGGCCGCCCGCCUCCUCGGUAAGCUGACAGGGCUGGCCGCCCCACGGGACUGGAAGGGCCGCCUGGCAGACAUCCCGUAUCACCUUGGGCCCGGGGACCCAGGCGUCCGGGUGCACCUCCAGGUGAACAACGUGAAGACUCCGACCAUGAUCAGUAAUGUCUUCGGCUGCAUCGAGGGGCGAUUUGAACCGGAUCACUACGUGAUCAUCGGGGCUCAGCGGGACUCUCUGGGCCCGGGGGCGGCCGGCUCGGGCGUGGGCACGGCCCUCCUGCUCGAGUUAGCCCGGACCUUCUCCGCCAUGGUGCGCAACGGCUUCCAGCUCCGACGCACCCUGCUCUUCGCUAGCUGGGACGCGGAAGACUUUGGCCGGGUCGGCUCCACCGAAUGGCUAGAGGGGUAUCUCAGCAUGCUGCACCUCAAAGCCGUGGCCUACAUCAGUCUGGACAACGCUGUGCUAGGCGAUGACAAAUUCUACGCCAAGACCAGCCCCUUGCUGACCAGCCUCAUUGAGAGUGUUCUCAAACAGGUUGACAGCCCGAACCGCAGCAGCCAGACCCUCUACGAGCAGGUGACGUUCCCGGAUCGGCGCUGGGCCAGCGAGGUGAUCCGGCCCCUCUCCAUGGACAGCAGCGCCUACCCCUUUACUGCCUUCGCGGGGGUCCCGGCCGUGGAGUUCUCCUUCGUCGAGGACGCCCGCCCCUACCCGUUCCUGCACACCCAGGACGACACCUACGAGAACCUGAACGGGAUGCUCUUCGGGCGGCUGCCAGCCGUGGCUAAGUCCGUGGCCGAGGUCGUGGGGCAGCUGCUGAUCCGCCUGACCCACGACCACCUGGUGCCGCUGGACUUCGGUGCCUACGGAGACGUCCUGCUGCAGCGGAUUGCGGAGUUCAACCCCUACAGCAGCGAGCUCAAGAGCCGCGGCCUGACCCUGCAGUGGCUGUACUCGGCCCGGGGCGACUACACGCGGGCAGCCGAGAAGCUGCGCCAGGACAUCUACAGCUCGGAGGAGAAGAACGAACGGCUCAACCGCAUGCACAACGUCCGCAUCAUGAGGGUGGAGUUCUACUUCCUGUCCCCCUACGCAGCGGCUACGGAGACCCCCUUCCGGCACGUGCUGCUCGGGCGGGGGCCCCACACGCUGCGGGCGCUGCUGGAGCACCUGUGGCUGCUGCGGGAGGCCCCCGGGCGCUUCGACGAGGGGCGGUUCCGGCACCAGCUGGCCCUGGCCACCUGGACCCUUCAGGGGGCAGCCAAUGCCCUGAGCGGGGAGGUCUGGGACGUCGACAUCAACUUCUGA